AUGGAUAUCGACCGUUUUAUUAAAAUAAUUAUUCUAAUAUGUUCUGUACAGUUCGACUUGAUAAGUUGUGAGCUUGGUAGAUAUGAAUAUGAACUGACUUGCACAGAAGAUUAUUCAGAAUAUUUACAUUAUGGAGGUGAUGUUUUAUUAGGUGGUUUGUUCCCAAUCCAUCAACGUCGGGUAAUUGAUAAAGGAAUAUUACAGAAGCCUCAACUAACCGCAAACGGAUAUAAGCUUUUAGAGGCAAUGCUUUAUGCAAUCGAUAGCAUCAAUUCACGUGAAAAUUACUUAAACUUUUCACUGGGAGCUUUAAUUUUUGAUACAUGUGAAAAUCCAGACAACGCUUUUAUGCAAUCACUACGUUUUAUUGUUUAUGAUGAUCCGUUGGGGAAUGACACCAAGAAGACUGCUUUCGAAGAACAGUACAAUCACAGAUCUACGGAAACUUAUGUCACAGCUGUCGUUGGUGCUUUACAAAGUGAUGUAUCCAUUAGCGUGGCAAAUAUGUUGAAAUUUCUAGAUAUACCACAGAUCAGCUAUAUGUCUGCUUCAUCACAAUUAGAUGAUGCAGAUAAAUAUACGUAUUUUAUGAGGACAGUUCCCAGUAUUAGUAUGACAACUGAUGUGAUUAUUGGCUUGUUGAGGAAGUAUCACUGGUUUUAUGUAAAUGUUGUACUGGACAGUUCGGAGCAUGGUGAAUCUAAUUAUGGUGUUUUUAUGGAGAAAUUAAACAAAUUCAGUCAAAUUAUAUGUGUAGCUAAAGAUGUCCGACUGAUCACCUAUCCUUUAGAUGCUAACGAUAUUGGUAAAAGAUUGAAAACGUUAUUGGAUUCUCCAGCUUCAGUUAAUAUCAUGUUAGUAACAUCAUAUACUGCAAGUCUGGCCGUUAGUGAGCUUCUUAAAUGGAAUCAAUCGGAUCUUGAUCGAUUUCUUUGGAUUGGUACAAAUGGUCUUAUCUCAACUUUCAGAGAAUUAUAUCUAACUGAAGAUUUAGAUCCAGUGUAUGCAAAGCAUUUCCAUGGAUUUAAAAAGUUUAUCUUAGUUCUACCACAUUUAACGGAAGAGAAGAAUAUGAAAAACUAUUCAAUUAACUUAAAAAGGACAUUUAAUUUAACGAGCUGGACAAAAUCUUACUUAAUGGAAUUUUGUGGCUGCUUACCAAACGUGAUUGAUUCAAAUAAUUUUACUGGUCAACUUUGUAAUGCCAAAGAUGAACAUGAAUGCUUAUCAUAUCUUUAUAGAGAUUCAAUUUAUUACGUACCUCAAGUAGUCAACUCUGUGUAUGCAAUAGCAAAUGCAUUAAAAGAAGUAUUUACGCAGUAUCCGAUGUUGAAAUGGCAUCAUAAAUCCCGUGAUAAAACGAGAAGGUUGCUUCUAAGUAAAUUACAAAAAUGUCAAUUUGAAGGUUUUGGCAAUGAAUUGUUUUCAUUCUUCAAUAACCGAAAUGGUCAACCGAAUUUCACAAUAUUAACUUUUGUGCCAAAUACAUUUAAAUGGAAAGUAUUGGCUCAGUAUGAUGAAACAAGAUCUCCGAGGUUCUACUAUAUCAAUGAGAAUAUUUCAUCUUAUAUUCAAGAAACUAUUCCAGAAUCUGUAUGUUCUAAACCAUGUAAUGUUGGUCAAAUAAAACGUAUUGAUUGGGGUCGUUCUUGUUGUUGGAUUUGUAUAAAUUGUUCAUCUCAACAAAUUGUAACUUCAGCAGAUUUGAAUAAAAAUCCUAAAAAUAUAAUGAAUAACAAUAUUACUAAUAAAAACAACAGUAAUCCAAUGGCAUCUCCUAUGUGUCAAUUUUGUAGUCCUGGCUAUAGGCCAAAUAAAAAUCAAACAAAGUGUCAACUAUUACCAAUAAAAUAUAUGUCAAUAUAUGAAAAAGUUGCACAAAGUUCUGUUGGAAUAUCAUCAGCUGGUUUAAUUCUAUGUUUCAUUGUAUCAAUUAUUUGCAUUAAAUAUUGGCAAACACCAAUAAUCAAAGCAUCUGGUAAAGAAACAUCUAUUAUAUUAUUUUUAGGCAUUAUAUUAUCCUAUAUAUCAGGUGAAUUAAUUCUUGCAUUAUCUCCAUCAUUGUUUAUUUGUAAUUUUGCGAUAUUCUCUGUUGGAUUUUGUAUUACACUUACAUAUUCAGCUAUUUUGGCUAGAAGUUCACGGAUCAAUUCUAUAUUUCAAAUAAAUGAAAUACAACUGAUGAAACCACAAAAAAUCUCUGGUCAAAAAUCACAAUUACUUAUUAUUGGUAUAUCAUGUUUAAUACAAUUAAUUAUAUUAAUCAUUCUAUGUAGUCUAUCACCGACUAUACCACAAUUAAUAUUAUCAGAUUAUGAAUUAAAUUCACAAUUCAAAGUUGAUAAAAAGUCUAUUACAAUCUAUGAAGAUGAUUAUGUAACAAGACUAAAUAAACAUCAAAAACAAUUAAUAUUACAUGGAUUACCUAAUAAUUUAAUAUUAUGCUUUCCAUAUUUUGAUAUUAAACAAAUUAUAAGUAUAUUUAUACCAUUUAUAUUAAUGUGUUUAACAACUAUAUAUGCUUAUAAAAUACGUAAAGUUCCAAGUGGAUUUAAUGAAGCAAGAGCAUUAGCAUUUGUUAAUUAUAUUAAUUUUAUAUGUUUUAUUACAACACCUAUACUUAUGUAUUAUGCAAGUAAAACAAUAUUAGAAUUAGUACCAUUAAGUUUUUUAUUAAUUUCUACUGCAACUAAUGAAUUCAGUGUGUUAAUUUUGCCAAAGAUAUACAUUAUUCUAUUUCGACCAUAUAAAAAUACAAGAGCCAGUAUUAUGCAACGUCUUAGAGGACUUAGUCAAGUCGAAUGUACGGAGUGGAUUAAUGAGGUUACGUCCAGGAGUCCGUCUAGUAUAUUUAGUAUAUCUAAAGGUAAAGUGCUAAAUCCUUGGCUAAAAAUACGAGAACUAUCUUCAAAAUCUCUAGGUGGUCCAGCACCCAUAAUACACAAUCCAACAACACUGGAAAAUCAAAAAUCCAAGACAAUUAAUAAGUGUUUAAUUGAUGAAUUCUCAUGUGGCACAUCGCUUAUAAUACAGUGCUACAAUGUAAAAUCACCUACUAAACAAGUGCAGGAGAAGAAUUUAAUUUCAUCUCUAAUGAGACCAAAAGUUGUUUCUUUUGUUGAAAAAUCCAAUACCGAAAUAAAUGAGAAUGAAUGGAUCACUUCACAUCAGACAGGGAAUUUAAUUACGACUGAUAAAAGGUGCUUAGCUGGAAAUAAUAUCGAUUCUAAAAAAGAUCACAAAGUUGAUACCAGUAAUUACGUAAACUAUAAAAAUUGAAUACUUUAAAAGUAGUAGAUAUUAAUACUGACGGGGAUUUUCAAAUAUUCCACAAAAUAUAACAACGGAGUAUAUUUGACAAAGAACUUUCUUUUGUUUAUACUUUCCCUAAAUUCUUUUUACUUGGCA